UCUGUUUUUUUCUUCUUCUUAAUCACUCAAUGGAAACAGAAACUGAAAAUAAAGAACAUCAAUGGAAGCAUUCGAUGUCUUCAAGGUCAUCUUCACGAUCUUCAUCGAUAACAUCUGCUUCUUCGGAUGGCCACUUUGAUAUCCGACACUUUCCUCUUCCUAAGCCAUCAUUGUCUGCUUCUGAGGCACAGAAACUGAGAGAGUCACAUCAGGCUUAUAAUUCAUCUGUUAGCUCUUAUACCAGUUCGUCUUGGUCCUCAAAUCACCAGAACCACCUUGUUGAUUUACCCGGUUACGAUCCAUCCCGAAUUCCAUCUUCAGUUUUCUCUAGUAAACCGGGUAAUUCGACUGAAUGGAGUCUAGCUUCUAAUGAAUCUUUGUUUAGCAUCCACGAUGGGAAUUUUAGCAUUUCAACAGCAUUAAGAUUGGCUGAGAUACCAAAAUUUGAAGAAACUGUUCACGAGAUAACCGAAAUCAACACGGUUCCUCUUCCUCCUCCUUUACCUCCGGGUAAAAAACCAAAUGAAUCUGAGAAAGAGACGAUUUCAGAGGAGGAACCAUACCAGGUGGAGAAUUUAGACUCUGAGAUUGACAAUAAUGAAGAAGGAGAAGAGAAGAUGAGUGAAGUCGAGAGCGACGAUGAACAUGAAGAUAUGAUCGAAGCGGAGGUUUUAGUAGAGAAAGAAGUAAUAGAAACUGUGAAGGAGAAUAAACCAGAAGACUCGAACAGUAUAGUUUCACAUUCCCCGAGCAUUUCUUGUCGUUCGGACACCAGCAAUAACAGCAUUGGUUCUUUCGCAUUCCCACUAUUGCAAAAAGAAGAUGCAGUUAUUAAAACGCCGUCUGUGCAAAUCAAAGGAAACCUUUCCCACAAGCGAAAACCUGAGUAUCAGCUGCCUCAAUCGCGAAUGCUACUGCCACAACAGCAACUGCAACCUUAUUCAGAAUCUAGUAUGCUAACUGAAUCUGAGUCGGAAUCAAUCCAACAAAGGAAGGCAUCGAAAAAAUUCGAAUCUCCAACGCAAUCGCUAAAAGCUUCAAGAACAUGCUGGUUCUCUUGCUUCCAUUGUCCUUCAAAAUGCAGUAUAUUCAAGUAGUUGCGUUUGCGUUUGAAGCUAUUCUUCUUCUUAUGUGUACAUUGUACGGAUGAAAAUAGUUGUAAGCUAAACUAAGAGUGAUGAUCCAAAUCGAGUUCCAGUUUUUAGGAUUGAAACCACAUUUUGGAUCGAUUAAAUUCGGUUACCGAAUGUUGUAAACCGGUUGAUGGGUGAUAUAAUUCUUAUGUCAUGGUGAUGCAUACAUACAUACAAGGACCACAU